AUGAUUGUUCUUGUAAAAGGACAACCUGUGCUCUGCAGCGUGGCCUUCAUUGAGCUGUCAGGAGCUGUGGGGAUGCGGCGCUGUCAGCCUGCCUGCCCACCUCCAGCAUCCAUGGGAUCGAUCACGCCGCCGCCUCCUAGAGAAACCCAACCACCGCAGCUUCUCCAAUUACUGCUGAUGGGCCACAUCUUUCUAUCCGAAGGGGCAUCAGAGCCAUAUGGUGCCUUUCAGAGUCAGGGACAGAGCAAGAGUAGGAGAAAGAGCGAGAACAGAGUGGCCGGCUUGCUUCAGACAAGAGAUACGGACGGAGAAAGAAAGAGAAGGAAUGUGGUGACAAGCAUACAAGCUGAUGAAAUCCUCUGCACUGAACUUUGCCAAGACGGAUGCUGA